AAAAAUGGCGACCUUGAUUGAGGCUUUGACUUCGGUUUACAUAUGGAGCCAAUAGGAACAUAUUUCGCUGUAGCUUGUGCGGCGGUUGUCGCUGAUGACGCCGUUUUGUAUUUGUUCUGCGCGUGAUCGCCAUAAAUAUCUGCAUCAGUUUUGAUGCAUAUGUGGUAAAGGAUGUCUGCAUUCUAAGGCGUUAAACGUAGUUUUAUUGGAACCAUGCUCAGAAACUUGCAAUGCAACGGAGAAAAAUUCAAUAUUUCGCACUUCUAAGAAAAAAUGAGCGAUCACAUGAAGGAUCUGGUUCACGCUUAAGUCUAAGUAGUGACGACGGGUUUGAUGUUGGAGAAGGCGACAGUCUUUUGGAGAAACGUUCCACCAGUCGACAUUGCAAGAAGACUACCAUGAAUUGCUGCAGUUGCCUGACUUCAGCAUUCCAGAGCUGUUGUAGAAGGCUCAGCAUGGGUUGCUGUGGUGCUCAUGAGUACCAGCCAAGAACUGUAUUUCUUGGAAGGCCACCAUCAGAAAAGUUCCCACCUAACAAAAUAUGCAACCAAAGUACAACAUUGCCUUCCUUCUCUCCUCUUUUUCAGGUCUUAUUUAAUCAAUUCAAGUUCUUUUUGAAUCUUUAUUUCUUGGUUGUGUGUUUGUCCCAAUUCAUACCCGACAUAAGAAUUGGAUAUCUCUACACCUACUGGGGCCCCCUUGGAUUUGUGCUAACUGUCACACUGAUACGAGAGUUUAUUGAUGACUGCCGAAGAUAUGCACGGGACAGGGAAGUCAACUCUCAAAAGUUUCAGAAAUUAACAGCCAAUGGAGUCACUUGCAUCCCUAGCUCAGACAUUCGUGUCUCUGACCUCAUCAUAAUAGAAAAGAACCAAAGAGUGCCUGCAGACAUGGUGUUGUUACGAACAACAGAAAAAAGUGGCUCCUGUUUCAUACGAACCGACCAACUUGACGGAGAAACAGAUUGGAAGCUGAGAGUUGCUGUUGACACGACACAACGCCUGCCAAGCAUGGAGGAAUUGCUGGAGAUUGAUGCGUGUGUUUAUGCCGAAGAACCAAAGAAGGAUAUUCACUCAUUCAUAGGAAAGUUCACAAGGCAUGACGGUGAUGGUGCUGAAGAUCCCCUGAAUAUCGAGAACACGUUAUGGGCCAACACAGUUGUUGCAUCUGGGACUGCCAUUGGCAUUGUAAUUUACACUGGCCGUGAAACAAGGAGUGUGAUGAACAACUCUGAAGCACGAAGCAAGGUUGGCCUUCUCGACUUGGAAAUCAACCAGCUCACGAAAGUUUGCGUGGCCGCCGUCGUAGGUUUGGCCUUGGUCAUGAUCCUUGUAAAAGGAUUUGAUGGUCCUUGGUAUCGCUACUUUUUGCGUUUUGUCCUGCUUUUCUCCUAUAUUGUUCCAAUAAGCCUUCGUGUAACCCUGGAUAUGGGGAAGAUGGUGUACUCUUGGAUGAUACAACAGGACAAGGACAUACCUGGGACAGUUGUGCGUUCUACCACAAUUCCAGAGGAAAUGGGCCGUAUAGUCUACCUUUUCACAGACAAAACGGGCACACUGACUCAGAAUGAAAUGGUGCUGAAAAAGCUUCACCUUGGCUCAGUGUCCUACAGCUCAGAAUCUUUUGGUGAAGUGAAAAGCAACCUGAAGGCUGCAUACACCCCUGGAGCACCCACGGUGACACCCGCUGCAGCCGGGGCUACCCAGGGCGUCCGUGUACGGCGCAACAUGGCCACCCGAGUGCAGGAAGCUGUGCGGGCAGUGGCUCUAUGCCAUAAUGUGACACCUGUCUAUGAAGGUGUUACUACUGAUUCAGAUGAGCAGGCAAUGGCGGAGCUUUACCAGAAGCAGCCCACCUACCAGGCAUCUAGUCCUGAUGAGGUGGCACUGGUGGCGUGGACCGAGAGCGUGGGCCUCGAGCUUGUCUACAGGGAUCUCAACUCGAUGAAGCUGCGCACUCCACACGGAAAUAUCCUACACUACACUAUACUGCAGACCUUUCCCUUCACUUCAGAGAGAAAGCGCAUGGGUAUUGUUGUCAAGGAUGAAGGCACUGGCGAGAUAUUCUUCUUCAUGAAGGGUGCUGAUACCGUUAUGAGUGGUAUUGUCCAGUACAAUGAUUGGCUUGAUGAAGAGUGCGGCAACAUGGCACGUGAGGGAUUGCGCACCCUUGUCGUAGCGAAAAAGAACCUCACCGAGGAGCAAUAUCAAGAAUUUGAGAGUCGUUACAACCAAGCCAAAGUAGCUAUUCAAGACAGGAGUGCUCGAACGACGGCCGUCAUCGAAACGCUUGAGCGUGACCUUGAGCUUCUCUGCCUCACUGGUGUGGAAGACAAACUUCAGGAUAAAGUCAGGCCAACCCUUGAGCUUUUGCGCAAUGCUGGCAUAAAGGUGUGGAUGCUGACAGGAGACAAGCUGGAAACUGCCACAAGCAUUGCCAAAUCAUCUCGUUUGGUGUCCAGGUCCCAGGAGUUGCACAUCUUCGAGUCCGUUGCAAAUCGAACAGAAGCCCGAUGUGAACUGAACAAGUUCAGACGUCGGAAUGAUUAUGCCCUCAUUAUUCGGGGCGAUGCUCUUGAGGUGUGCCUGAAGUUCUACCCACGAGAAUUUAUGGAAUUAGCUUGCCAGUGCCCUGCUGUGGUGUGCUGUCGCUGCUCUCCUACGCAGAAAGCUGAAGUCGUCCAUCUUAUCAAACAGUAUACCGAGAAAACUACAUGCGCUGUUGGCGACGGAGGCAAUGAUGUGAGCAUGAUUCAGGAGGCUGACGCAGGCAUAGGCAUUGUGGGUCGAGAGGGCAACCAAGCUUCCCUGGCGGCCGACUUUUCUGUCACCCAGUUUCACCACAUUGCUCAACUACUGCUUGUCCACGGGCGCUACAGCUACAAGAGGUCAGCUGCACUGAGCCAAUUUGUUAUUCAUCGAGGAUUGAUCAUCUCAACAAUGCAAGCAGUUUUCUCAUCUGUGUUCUACUUUGCUUCUGUUGCACUGUACCAAGGGCUGUUAAUGGUUGGGUAUGCCACAGUGUACACUAUGUUUCCUGUUUUUUCGCUUGUUUUGGACCAAGAUGUGCAACCCAAAAUAGCCCUCACUUACCCUGAGCUCUACAAGGAACUUGCAAAGGGACGAUCCCUGUCUUUCAAGACAUUCUUCAUAUGGGUGUUGAUUAGCAUUUACCAAGGUGGCAUUAUUAUGUAUGGAGCACUGCUGCUGUUUGAAGAUGAGUUUAUCCACAUUGUUUCCAUCAGUUUUACAUCCUUGAUUUUGACGGAGCUGCUGAUGGUUGCCUUGACAAUACGCACUUGGCACUGGUUAAUGAUUGCUGCUGAAAUGCUUAGCCUCGGCAUAUAUGUUGCCUCGCUUUUUGCUCUCAACGAGUUUUUUGAUACCCAAUUUAUUCAAACGCCUGCAUUCUUGUGGAAAGUUACGGUGAUCACGUUGGUGAGCUGUUUGCCACUCUACAUUCUCAAGUACCUUCAUCGGAAAGUUGCUCCGUCGAUCUACUCGAAACUCACGUGACACAAUUACGGCAGAUUGCGUGUAUGUGAAGUGCUUUACGUCCGAAAUUUUUUCGGGCAUUGCAGUUCUGUGUGCUUUUUUUCUGCUAGCUUGUCUGGCCUAAUUUAACAGCUGUGUUGGCUAUGACGAUGUGUUUACCCAGUGAAGUAUAUCUUGGUAUAAUUACCGAAUUCAACCUUAUAAUGUUGGAUUAAGUUAUUGAUGUCACUAUAAUGAUGUUGUUUCUCUGCAUUUUUUAUUCUUGCUGUCAUAUUUGGACAGUAUUGAAAUAAUCUAGUGCAAGCGAAUAUUGAUUAUUCCUUGCAAUAUGGUUAAGGUGCACUCGAUUGUGUUGGUUAAUAAAGAUUGAAGUGCAAGUCUUUAUGUCCUUGUA